AUGCCGCCCCACCUUACCCACUCCCAGUCCUUCCCUACCUCUCACCCAUCUUCCCAUCCCUCCUCCUAUCCUUCACCUCACUCUCAUUCCCGAGGGCGGCUCUCUCCUCAUGUUCAACACACCUCUUCUCCUGCCUCUUCCGUUUCUCAGCACCAAAACUAUCAGCAGCAGCAGCAGCAGCAGCAGCAGCAGCAGCAGCCGCAGCAGCCGCAGCAGCAGCAGCAGCAGCAGCAGCAGCAGCAGCAGCAGCAGCAGCAGCAGCAACAGCAAUACCUGCAGCAGCAAUACCAACAGCAGCAACAGCAGCAGCAGCAGCAGCAGCAACAGCAGCAGCAAUACCAGCAGCAGCAGCAACAGCAGCAGCAGCAACAGCAAUACCAGCAGCAACAGCAGCAGCAACAGCAGCAGCAGCAGCCGCAGCAGCACCAUCACCAGCAGCAGCAGCCGCAGCAGCACCAUCACCAGCAGCAGCAGCCGCAGCAGCACCAUCACCAGCAGUAUUACCAGCAGCAGCAGCAGCAGCAGCCGUUAGCCUCUCACCCUUCCUCCUGUCAAGCUCCUGCCAGUCCCGUCAGCAGCGCCUCUACUGCUUUCCGUCCUGCACCCACUCCCACCCUCCGCCCUGCCCCUGCCCCUGAUUACGCCUCGCCUCCUGCCGCUGGCGCUGGUGCUGCCAGUGCUGCUGGUUCUCGUGCUUCUCCUGCUCCAGCUGUCGCUGCUGUCUUGGCUCUUUCUGGUUACCAGCAGCAGCAGCCACAGCAGCAGCCGCAGCAACAGCAGCAGCAGCAGCACGGGGGUCCUUCCAUCCGCUUGCUGUCUAUCCCCACCGCAUCUCCUGCCACGUCAUCCAUGUCUGCCGGGCCUGCCACGUCAGCUGGCCGCGCUGUGUCAGCAGCACCUGCCACGUCAGCGGGCGGCGCUCGGUCCCCGCAAAGGGCCCCUUCUGGUCUGGACCAAUCACCGACUGUUGGAGCGGCAAGAGAAGAAGGAAGGGAAGAUGGAGGGACAAGCCCUGGCGUGCAGCAGCAGCAGCAGCAGCAGUUUCAACUGCAGCAACAGCAGCAGCAGCAGCCAGAGGUGGUGUAUUCAAGCUACAUCCCCACCAGCAGCUACGUUAGCAGCUACAAUCGAAGCUCUGGUCUUUCCAAUACCAACACUCUCACCCCUCCUGGUCCGGUAGGGAGCCUGGGCCUUGGCGUGGGGUCCGGUAGUGCUGGUUACAGGGAUAGCCACAAUGAGAGUAACAGUGGCGGGAACACAACAGCUUCGGUUCACGACUCCUAUGCUGCUGGUGCUGCUGCUGCUUCUGGUGCUGCUGGCGCUGCUGGUGGAGGUGUUGUUGGGGCAGGAGAUGGGGGUUUCGGGGUUGGAGUAGCAGCAGAGGCUAUGGAGAGGGGAGCAGGGGAAGACAGGAGUUACUCUUUCCCUAGUGGCAGUGUGGUGGCGCCUGCCGACCCUGCUGCUCUGUUUGGUGCUCCGCAGCAGGAACAGCAGCAGCAGCAGCAGCAGCAACUGCAGUGGCAGCAACCGCAGCAGUAG